CGUGGACGCACUGUGCUGGUUGUAAAACAGGAAGCGGUGUGGCGGUAGAGGAAAGUAGCUAGCAUUGUGGCUAACGUCAUUGGAGACUGAGUGCCGUCAAACGGAGUGACAACAGAGUAGUUUCGGAGGAAAAGCUGUCGCCACGCCGUCGAGUUCAGCUUGGUUUAAACGUGUGGUCGCCAUGUCAGAGACAUACGAUUUCCUGUUUAAGUUCCUUGUGAUUGGCAGUGCAGGGACUGGGAAAUCCUGCCUCCUUCAUCAGUUUAUUGAGAACAAGUUCAAACAAGACUCCAAUCACACCAUUGGGGUGGAAUUUGGUUCAAGGGUCGUCAACGUUGGUGGAAAAACAGUCAAACUGCAGAUCUGGGACACAGCAGGACAGGAGCGCUUCAGGUCUGUGACUCGUAGCUAUUAUCGGGGUGCCGCUGGGGCUCUUCUUGUCUAUGACAUCACAAGUCGAGAGACCUACAAUGCUCUGACUAACUGGCUGACAGAUGCUCGGACACUGGCCAGCCCCAACAUUGUCAUCAUCCUUUGCGGAAACAAGAAAGAUCUGGAUGCAGACCGUGAGGUCACCUUUCUGGAAGCAUCUCGUUUUGCCCAAGAGAAUGAGUUGAUGUUUUUAGAGACAAGUGCAUUAACUGGGGAGAAUGUUGAAGAGGGUUUUCUCAAAUGUGCCCGCACGAUCCUUAAUAAGAUUGAGUCUGGUGAGCUUGACCCUGAAAGAAUGGGCUCUGGUAUCCAGUAUGGUGACGCAUCCUUGAGGCAGUUGAGGCAGCCACGUGGCACUGCUGCACAGACCAAACAGCAAUGUAACUGCUAGGGAUGGGACACACUCCCUCUCUCCACACACAACCUCUCCUGCUUCAGGUGUGUCUGGGUGUCGUUGCCCCCCCACCCCCCACCCCCC